GCGUCUGUGGGGGCCACCAAAUGUCCGUUAGACGCUGUCCAUGCGAAAUACGGUGCUAGCGGCUGAAAUCCGGACAAAUCAUGUGCAAAAAGUGACUCGCCAUCAUCGAAACGGAUCGCCAGGCCAACUGCGAGCCCUGACUUACGGUAUGCAAGCACGUACAGGCCGACUUUGGUCAGUUUAAGUGUUAAGAGCGAUGGGACGGCCGCCUGGCGUCCACCGGCUUCGGGUUUAAGUAAAAUCGCCGAAUUCGUCAAAAAAUCGUUGGAAAUACGUGAAGUGCGUGUGCUGUGCGUGACCGCAGUAUCGCCUAGCGUCCAAAGCGUUGAGGACUGUACGUAAGAAUCGCGGGAUUAAGUGUUGUUUGAGUGCGGCGACGCAGUGCUGUCCCUGUUGUUGGGCGAACAAAUAACAGCGAGUUGUGGCAAUAGUAGCAGCAUCAGCACCACGAUCAGAGGAAUCUUAGUAUUAGAUGUUAUUAUGUUGCUUGCUGCUGCUGCUGCUGUGUGAGUCACUUGCUGCUGUGCUGAUGGUGAUGUCUGUCUCGACCGUGUCGUGGUGCAGUAUAAACGGGGCUCAUAUUUUUGAUGGUGUCUUCAUAGCCGUUCGCCGGUAGAAUGGACUGCGAACGUUUCACUGCGUGUGCCUGCCAUGUCGCUGAACUGUGGCCAACGGCCAAAGGCCAACGACAUGGACUUGGCCAAUGGCGCCAAAAAUCGUCCUAACAUUCGGCCCGCCGGCGUCUACCAACCAGCGGCCGUGGCAACAUGGCACUAGAGCUAAAGCGUACCAUGUAUCGCACCCGAUGAGUAGUGAUCUAGUGUGGCGCCGAUCAUCUGGCCCCGUUUCUCCUGGCUUUUUUCGGGCAACAACACUCUGAUAGUAUUGUAUUGCUAUGUAAACGACGACGGUUAAACCACGUAAUCGACUGAUGGUCGCCCGAUCGUAUCCUAGCGGCGUAUGAGUGCGUGUCUGUGUGUACGUGUGUAUGUGUCUGUCUGUCUGGGUGUGUGUGUGUGUGUGUGUGUAUGCAUGUCUGUGUCUAUGCUGUACGUUAUAGGAAUCGUAAGUUGGUAACUAAUAACUCGCUCGCUCGCGAGAAGAAACGGCGUUGGCACGAUUCGUUAUCCCAUUGAUUUUUCUACGGUUACUGCUGUUUACUCGAGGCUGAGAUUUGCCCUAUGUGCGCUUGUAGAUGCGUGCGUAAGCGUUUGUGUCUCUGUGUGUGUGUGUGUGUGUUGUUUAUCACCAAAAAACCCCCCGCCAUCACAUCUCUUAGGUGUCUGGCUAGCUCAGGCAACAGCAGCAGCAAUCGCCGCCGCCGUUACUGCUGAUGCUGCCUGCUCUAUACGGCCGUUGUUGUGCGUCUAUGGGUGCAUUAGUACGUCGCCGAGAAUUUGAAGGGUCAAGGUACGCUCGUCGGUUGUCAUUUUUGGCCGUCUCGUGUGCUGUGUUAUGGUGAUGGGUGAGCCAUUGGGCAGUAUGAUAGAGGUUGUUGAUGGCGCCGUACUGCUCGUUGCCCGUAGCAUAUGAGAAUUGCCCGGAGCAUUCUGUCCGUCCCUAGACCCAAACUUACCAGUCUAGCGUUCCUACGGGACAACAAUAACAACUACAACAAGCCGCUUAGGCUCGGCCUGAAUGCUGUUAUACAAUGAUGAGGAUGGUCCUACUGCGAGGUUUCUUCUCUCAAAAAUUUACGUUUUAACAGCUGACGAUGGUGACAUGGGCGUUUUGGCGGGCAACUUGUUUGGCAGCGGUCGCUUAAUCGGAAGUUGGCUGGUUUUCUAAAGCUUAGCGCGAUGAUCAACUGAUGCUGCCCUAUGAAAGGCUAAAUAUUAGUUAUGACUGGCAGGAUUACCGGCACGAUUUCGGCGUGUAUUAAUUACCAUCCAUUCACAAAAAAGAGCCGCACUGACUAGCAGUUUCAUGUUGUGCGUGUAGCAUAUUUUUCCUCACGAUCAAUCUUGCAAAUGAACGGACUCUCAUGAAAGACUACACCUAAUCACGAAAAACCGUAGGGCAUCGAAAAAAGCCUUGAGAUGGACGCCAUCACCGAAUUGAACAGCUUUGAUCUAAUUUGGUUUCGGAUGCUAAUAAGAUCUUAAAUGCAGCACAGUGGCGGCAACGCGAUGGCUGUGCAUGCCUGCAGCUAUGAUGGACGUUUGGGCAGUUAGCGCACGCGGUAAUCAGAGACCUAAAGCAAAAUAUGAUUAGGAUGAAAUGUAUAUGCAUUUCAAGUCAGUUAUUAUGCUCUCUUAGGUGGUGCGGAAUUGAGACGAUAUCUGUCUCUUAGGGCCAACCCGCUGGAUUAGAUGGAAAAAUCGAUAGUAAAAAUUAAUUACUUUCAUGCGUACUAAAAUUGAUUUUUCAACAUGCAGGCGGAACGGCGGCGUUGUACUUGAACAUAUUACGAAGGGACGAUAGAAUCGUUAAUCUUACGUAAUCAUCUAACUAAUACUGAAAAGGUAGCUCAAGCAGUAAAAACAAGUGACCAACAAAAUUGAUUACGACAUCCUCUGCGACAGCAUAAGUUUUAUUUCAGUCUUUUCUGAAUAAAGUUAGUUAUGAUUUAAAAAUGUGUCGCGCAUUUCUUUGCUUUAUUUGAGAGCCGCUGUUUUGUACGCCCGCAGAAAUGCCGGUUCACUCUCGAUUAAACGACAUAUCUGUACGCACAGUAAUGGUUUAAAAAUUCUACUUGCUACCUCCCGCUAAAUCGGUACGUUACGGUUACAUGACUGAAGGCACAGUGAUCAUAAAUGUUCUCAGAAAUCCAAAGAGACUUGCAAAAUUCUAGAAUAUUGUCUUGAUUUUACUAUCUUAUAUUGGUUUGAGUUAAAAGCCUACUAAUCCAUCAACUAUUCCCCACCCGUUAUCGGCACCUAUCCGUUUUGCCUACAAUUGGCAAACUAUUAGCAAAUUGAGACAGUCCAUCUCUAGCCAUGAUAUUUGAACCAAUUCUAUCUGGUGCGUCAGUCGUAUCUGAAUGCGAUAUGCUACGCGUUAAAUUCGUAAGAAUAUCAGAAAGCAUUUAAUCUUUCCUUCGGUUAUUCGUAACCAGCCCAACAGAUUCGUUCACCACUCACUCGCCCAUAUUUGCUUUGUAGCAAAUUUAGCAAAAGUUUAUCCACAUACGGAACUUGCGGGACAGAAACCUUAUAAACUAACACGCUGUGCGUGCAGUGCAAGGUCUUUGCAAUCCCAUAUGUCCCGCUAAGAUAGUAUUGUUGUUUCGGUAGUAAGUGUUUACACACGAGUAAACCUUUCUGGGCGUGCAACCAUAGAAUCCAGCUUCAAAUCCAAUUUUGGGCUAGUUUUUUGGGGAUUUAUAUUAUUUUUGUUCUUUCUUUUUUAACCUAGAAUCUUCUCUUUAUCUCUAUGCGUGCUGCAUGUGUUCGUAUCCCCUAUUACAGAAGCACAAGGAUAGGCCGGGGCGUAAGGCCUUGGCUGGCGAGUAUUGACUUGCCCUGUGCCGUCAGCCAGCGCCCGCCAGCCAGCCACGCUGCUGCAGUUGCUGCCGGCGGCAGCGGAGUCGCUGACGACGACGCUGCUGCUGGGAAGACCCUGACCUCAACCUGACAACCUCAACCAGCGUCGUCAUGUCGUCGUCAGGGUCUGGGACGCCGGCGGCGGCGGUGGUGGUGGGCGGCGGUGCGGGUGGGGGCGCCGAAGGCGGCGGUGGAGCGGCCGCCGCAAGUGGCGCCCCUCCAGCGCCGCCGCAGCAGCUCCCGUUAGCCAUCAGCAACCAGGUCCCUGGCAAUGGCGCGUCUGUAACGGCCACUGCUGGUGGAGGCGUCAGUGCUGCGGGAGCCGCCGCCGCUGGCGGCGGUGGAGGCGACCGAGGUGGUGGUGGAGGUGCCGGCGGCGGGGGUGGCGAUGAGCCUGAUGGUGAGGACCGACCCGAGUGGAUGACCCCGGUACGAGGACAAGUGUUCCCGCCGACGGAACCCGGCAAUCGGCCGCAUCGCAACACCAACCAGUUGCAGUACAUGCUCAAGAAUGUGAUGAAAGCCGUCUGGAAACAUAACUUUGCAUGGCCAUUUCAGAGUCCCGUCGACACGAUCAGGCUGAAUCUGCCCGACUAUUUUCGCAUCAUUCGACAGCCGAUGGAUCUGGGCACAAUAAAGAAAAGGCUAGAAAGCUGUUACUACAACGAUGCUCAAGAAUGCAUCAAUGAUUUUAAUACGCUCUUUACAAACUGCUAUAUUUACAAUAAGCCGGGCGAGGAUGUCGUACUAAUGGCGCAAUCGCUUGAGAAACUCUUCCUCCAGAAGCUGGCAGAGAUGCCGAAACAGGAAAUAGAGUUAGCGCUUCCGCCUGUCAAAGGUCAGAAAGGGCCAAAAAAGAAGCCUGGUCCAGUUCCUAGGGCGCUGUUAGCGCAACAAGCUCAGGCCAAGGCCGAGGCAGCUGUUGCCGCACAACCUGCGGCGGACCCGACGGUGCUUCCUCCGGAGCCGGUGGCCCCCGCCGCGCCCCCAGUGUCACAAACGGUGCUGAAUGACACCAAAACAAUCGUUCCGCUAGCACCUAUUGCAGCUCCGGGUGCGACAGACCCCUCAAUGCUACCGGGAGCCGUCCCGGUGCACACAACGCCUCCGACGAUCCCUGAUGUGGGAGUGAUGCCGAACAAGGCCAAGAAGGGUGUUAAGCGGAAAGCUGAUACGACGACGCCGACUCAGGCGCCCGGUGAGCUGUAUACGCCCGCGAGUGGUACCCCACUCGUUGGGAAUAGCAGUGCUGGCGGUGGCGGUGGCGAUUCGAAGAAGAUCUCAACGCGGCGCGAGAGCGGCCGGCCCAUCAAGAAGCCCUCAAAGGACCUGCCUGACCAGGCGCAGCAACAUAGUAAAGCGAAGCGGGUGAAAAUGACGGAGCAGCUGAAGUAUUGUAAUUCGGUGAUUAAAGAACUCUUUGCUAAGAAGCAUUCAACGUACGCGUGGCCAUUCUAUAAAGCCGUCGACGUCGAAGGUCUUGGCUUGCACGACUACUACGAAAUAAUUAAGCAGCCGAUGGAUCUCGGUACGGUCAAGUUGAAGAUGGAGCGACGAGAGUAUCGUACCCCCGACGAGUUCGCCAACGAUGUCCGGCUCGUAUUUACCAACUGUUACAAAUAUAACCCGGCCGACCACGAGGUGGUCAAGAUGGCACGACGUCUGCAGGAUGUGUUUGAAGCUAAAAUGGCGCGGAUGCCUGACGAGCCUGAACCAACGGCAGUCAGCGACCAAAUGUCACCGGACGCGAGCGACUCGGAACCAACGACUGCAGCACGACCAACGCAAGGGCCGCCUGCGCCGGCGACGACAGGUGGCCCCGGAGCUGGCGGCGGCGGUGACGCGUCCGACUCAGACGCGGCAAACAGCGACGAUAGCGAUGAUUCAGCUGAUGAUAGCGAGGCGGAACGUGAACGCAAACUGCAGUCAUUGCAAGAACAGCUACGCCGAAUUACUGAACAAAUUAGCUCACUCGCGGCCCAGUCUCGUAAGUCUAAAAAGAAGAAGAAAAACAAGGAUCGUAGUAGAGGUGAGCAUAGAGAACACCAUCGCGAACAUCGAACUGAGAAGGAGCACCAUCGUGAAAGCGGAAAGGGCGCUGGUACAGCUACUAAAGACAAUAAUAAUGCAGGUGGCAAAGGCGGUGACAAGGGCGUAUCGCCAAGCAAGCCUGGUAGAGGUAAGCGGGGCGAAGGCCGUGGAGGCACAGCAGCUGCCGCUGCCUCCUCGUCUUUGGGACCGCCUAAGCAGAAGCGAACACGCAAAGACCCGCAGUUGCCAAGUACGUCCGGUCACGGCGCUUUCGACUCCGAGGAUGAGGACAGCGCUAAACCAAUGUCGUACGACGAAAAGCGCCAGCUAUCGCUCGACAUCAACAAGUUACCAGGUGACAAGCUUGGCAAAGUUGUACACAUUAUCCAGUCACGUGAACCCUCGCUGCGGGAUUCGAAUCCCGAUGAGAUAGAAAUCGACUUUGAGACACUUAAGCCGUCGACUCUACGAGAGCUCGAAAGCUAUGUUGCCCAGUGUCUCGCCAAGAACAACGCCAAAAAGCCCCGAAAGCCGUACGGGACUAAUAAGCGAAAGAGCAAGGAAGAAUCGGUCAAGGAUAAAAAACAAGAGCUAGAAAAGCGGUUACAGGACGUAAGUGGACAGCUAGCGCCCCCCGGACCUUCGACCGCCAACGCAGCGGGAUGCAGUAGCAGCAACAAUGUGGCGCAUCACGGCGCCAACGCUGCGGGGGGCGCGGCGACAAACCAAGUGGGCCAACCGCACAGCAACGCCGCGCACAAGCCCCCACAUAAGGCGGGCGCCGCCAAGAAAGAAUUGUCAAAUAUGGAGGCGGGUGCGCCUGCAGCGGUGGGCGGCGGUACCGCGCCUCGGCUCAGCGCCAGUAGUAGUAGUUCGAGUGACAGCGACAGCAGCACGUCCUCGUCGAGCAGCUCGAGCAGCGAAGAGUCCUCUGACUCAGAAUCAGGUGGUGUUACAACCGGUAAGUCGGGAGCAGCCGGAAAAAAGAGUGGAGGGCAUAACGGAGCUGCACCAGCUGCUUCGCUUGGCGAUAGGACGACCGAGCACGCGAUAGCCACUGGUCCUACUGCAACGGUUGCUGGCAAUUUGGGCAGCGACGCUGCGGCAGUAGCAGCAGCAGCAGCUCCAGCUGCUGGGGAAGGAGGAGUUGGAGGGGCGGCUCCGCCGAUGGCCACCGGUGCGCCUCUAGGAUCUACAGAAACAGCACAUGUCACCGUAACGCACACUAGCGGUGGAGUACCCAGUGACGGCGGUGAGCUUGUCAAUGACAGCGCACAUGGAAAGGCAACACUAGCAAAUUCAGGUCUAGGAAAGACUGAAAAUUUGCAGAUGCCUAUAACGGAAGAAACAGACCUUCUAAACGGAAUGGCAGGUUCUGGCGGAAUGGACACAGCAGAUAGUUCUCUCGGUAUGACUGCGACAGGCGUACGGACAACUAACAGUGAUUCUAUCAAUACCAACAGUAACUCUAUGACGAACACCUCAGGAAUGGGCGUCCCAGGGGCCCCGCAAAUGAUUGGUGCAGGGAACAUCGUGCCAGGCGGUGUGUCGCAUAUGAUGCAAACGCCCAACUCCAGUGGCGGGCCGGCUUGUGCCGGCAAUGCUGGCCAGAUGUUGAGCGUCGGAGCCCUUGGAAUGGACAUGGCUGCCUUAAUGGGCGGUCUCGACCCCCAACUGGGCGCAUUCGGCAAGGUGGAUCCACUAUUUGGAAGCAACUCGCGAAUUCUCAUGGAGCAGCUCGGCCAAUUGCUACCACAAACGCAGUCACACCUUAUGACGGGGUCCCAAUCGAUGGGUGGAAGCGUUCCUGGUCAACACGGAGCAUCCGUCUUACCAAACACGUCAUCAACGUCUGUGGCAGGAGCCGGGGCGAGCGACUUUAGUUCAGGCUUGGCACUUGGACACUCUGGGCAGGCAUCCUCGCAUAGACAGCAAGUAGGCGCUCAGCAAGAUCUGCAACAGCAUCAACCGCAGAUGCAACAGCAGCAGCAGCAGCAGCAGCAGCAGCAGCAGACUGCUGCUCAGCCAGCGCAAGCAGCACCACAGCAGACAGGUGCAACUACGGUUCGGGGAGCGGUCCCGGGGACGGGGGCCGGUCUCGGCCAUGUUAUGGUUACAACCGGCUCACAGCAGCAGCAGCAGCAGCAGCAGCAACAGCAGCAGCAGCAGCAGACACAGUCAUCGCAACAACAAUCGACACCUGUCAGUCACAAGAGUGAAAGUAGCAAGCUGAGGAACUUCGGCUCGUGGUCGAGUCUUGCAUCGGGCGGUAGCGGGGCUCACAAUACCCCCGGCGCACAGGGCUCUCUUAAAAACACCGGCAGUAGCAGUAAUUCAGUCAUGAUGAACUCUUUCCAACAGUUCAAGAAACAAGCCAAAGAGAAAGCUGACAAGCAACGUCUGCUAGACGAAGCAAAGGAGAGGAAGGACGCGGCGGAACGCGCGAAGCAGAUAGCAGGAGGCGUUGGUUCUAUGGGGUCUCAUUCAACCCAACUAAGCAACAUGGGUCAAAAAGGUGAUGGAGGACAUUUCGGAGUCCAUUCGCCGGUCCAGCAUCACCAUUCAAGCCAUUCUCACCAUGGCAUGCAUCAUUCGCAUCACUCACUUCAUGGACCAUCAUCUGAUAAUUCAGGUGGGUCUGGCAGCAAUAGUCCAGCCGCGAUGCGCGGCGCACCUUCAGCGACUGGAGGCGGCGGCGGUGCUGUACAGAGUGAGGCUGAACGCGAAAAACAGCGUCGACGAGAACAAGAACGGCGGCGACGAGAAGUUAUGAGUGGACAAAUCGAUAUGAAUGCCCAGAACGAUAUCAUGACAACCUUCGAGGAAAUGAUAAGUACCACUCGUAUCCAAAAUGGCAGGACGACACAGAUUGACAACAACGAAGAAAAGAGGAAUCAAACAUAAAAAAUAAAGACAAGUUCAGCACAAACUUGGCAACUCCAUGAAACUGCCAUAGCAGCAACAUCACUAUCUCCAUGCGCGAAUAUCGAACAGAGACGUGAAUGUGACCGAAAGGAAAGAGCAGAGCUGUGAAAAUGUUUUAAUAAUAAUAAUAGCAGUGGACAGAAUGAAACAGACAACGACGGCGGCGACGACGACGACGACGACGACGACGACGCAGAAUUACAGUGAAUCAUCGCGCAAAUAACGAUGGGGUGAGGAUCAAUGAGAGUGAAUCAUAAAAGCGAGGCACGUGGUCAGUUAAUAAGGACCUACUGAAUAUUGAAGCAAAUUGAUUAUUCAAGAGGUCGAUGAGGUAAAUCGUGAGAGAUGCACGGGGAUGUCCAUCCAUUUAAGUUAUACAUAGAAAGAAAUACACAUAUAUAUAUUAUAGCAUCUAUAUAUACACAUAGCGUAUUCACACACGCACAUACACAUUGUCCGCCAUCUUGCUGUGUUUAUCUCGUACGGUAAGCAGACGACUGCAACAACUGAUAUUCAAAUAGGGGAGAAACAGACAAAGAGCGGAAAGGGAGAUUACGCGACUAACGUACUAGUGUGAUAGUACUAGCGGUAAGUGAACGUCGAAGUCGAUAACAAGUCAAUGAUCGACAAUAAGCAGUAGUGCAUCCUCCCCAUCCCUGCUUCCCAGAUUCCAACUUUUAUUGCGAACGUUUCACCGUGAGAAUAUAUUUAAGCUACUAUAAUAAUGGUUACUACCGUCAAACCGUCAACGUCGUUGUUAACAAGCAGUUAAUAUCAGCAACGAUAUUUGCUAAGCCCAAAUCGGCUUCCACGGAAAUUGGUCCAUUGCUAUCUACCUGUGCGUGUAUGCCAGUAAUAUGUGCUAUGUGUGCAUCAAAGAUGUACACGUAUGGCACGCACGCUGCUGAUAGUGAUAUGUGAUCAUUGUUAUUCGUGGGGACGUUUAUGUUGACAGACACCCCCGCUUAUCUAUGGAGUAGUUCGGGCGGUUCUCGAUGGUUUUGGGAGAACAGUGGAUUGUUUCGGUGCUGAGGGUUUAGACUUGUAUAUUCCUUUGAAUAUUUUAGUGCACCGCUAAUCGCCAGUUGGAAAGUAGCACGGUUUUGUACUACUUCAGCAUGGCAGGAGAUAAUGUACGAGCAAGUUAUCUAACUUGGACAAAGAUCGGGGUCCGAAACUUUGGAAAUGUUAGCCUCUUAGUAAAAUCUAAUGCUGUUCUUGGUUUAGCUUGAUCAAUCUUCAAAUUAGAUUCUGCAAGACACCCUAUUGCACAGUCCAGUCCAGUAAUUCCUCUCGGGAUUGAAGAAUGUUAAAACUUCAUUACGGGAGUAUGCCGGUGAUUCGAUGUAAAUGGUGAUACCGAUUAAUCGAUAAUACUAAUGAGUAUUAUAGAAAAGAGGACAGCAAUUAGUUAAUAAUAGAUCCCGAUUGAUAAAAAGAAGAAUACAGGAGAGAGAGAGAGAGAGAGAGAGAGAGAAGGUGAAAAAAAAGUAUCCAUGGAGACGCCAUGCUCAAACGCUACACACUUAGGGCUGCACGUGAGAAACACUGAUAACUGCGACUGCGGAAAGUAACGACAGUGAACAAGGGAACAGACAGCAACGGAACGUUCAGAAAACUUAUAGGUAGAUGGUAAACUUGUCUGCGGAACGGCGCGGUAACGUUUUCGUAGUCGCAAGUUAGGAUCAUCACUUCCGUGACACACACAGACACAAAUAAACAAAGAAAAAACAGAUUCUUUCUUCCCAGCAAAAGACGUAGAUCCCCGAUAUUAAGUGACGAUUUGAUUAGAAGAAGCUGGGGUAGCUCUGCUAAGUGCGGGGGUGUGCGAACGUCGCUUUAAAUAUUCUACUUGGUCGUGGUUACUAUAACCAGUACCGGCUAAGUAACAAUGUUUAGAAAAAAAAUGUCUGCUGACAGCGCGUGAAUUAACACAGAUGCGGGGCAAUGCUGAAUGAGGCGAAUACACUUACAAUACAGUAACAGGAAGAGAGAAAACCCACAGACUAUUAACAACCGUAAUAGUCUUUAGUAGUGUUAUUGAGGAGAUAUAGUGAAGAAACAGAGGGUAUAUGAUAACAACAACAGCAGCAGAACAAUCUGAGCACGACAGCAGCCAUUGCAGUAAUAAUUCAAAUAAUAAUGACGCUUAAAUAUAAUGCCUAUUAUAAUUACCAUCUAUUAUUAUUAAAGAAAAAGUAUAAUGAUAGAGCGGGGCUACUAAUGACUCAUCGCAGCUUUUCUUGUUACAAUAUAACUAUAAAAUAUCAUUAUAGCAACAAAAUAUCAUGGGGCAUCUCUAGUAAUGAUGAAGAUGAUGACGGCCGA